AUGGUCACUUUGACCUUUGGCAUUCUCAAGACUUUUUUCGACUUAUCCUGUCCGGAGGUUCGCAUCCCACACACCCUGCUGUCCGAUAACGCCUACCUGUUCAAUCAAGCUCAAGGAUCCUUCAAUGCAUACUAUGAGUUAGUAGGAGAUUGGGUAUUCGCAUAUAAAGGGAGCAAGUGUGCCCUCAACCCAGACGGGUCUCUAAAGGACGCCAAAGACAUCGUUUUUUACAACGAUCCUGAUGAUGCCGUCCCCAUUUCCGCUCCAUCCUCCUCUGCCCAGCCACCCACAGACGCCUUCUCUGUGCUACUGCAGACUGGACGCAAACCAGUGCCACUUACUGCAGGUGCUCGACGCUCCAUUCGCACCUCUAAACCUUCUGCGCGCCUUUGUGAUUCUGACAACACCUGUUCUUCAACAAGCUGCAAGCGCGCAUUAUCUAGUGCAACCGAGCAACUAGUUAGGAAGAAGGUUGUGUUACAGCUCUCUGCUCCAUUAUCCGAUGACGACACAGAUAUUGAUACUGACCAUGGUGCUGGUCAAUCAGAUGAGGCCGAGGACGAACAUGUACCAGCACCUGAGGAUGAACCUGAGGACGAACCCGAGGAUCUUCAAGACACCACCAUCCGAGCCACUUUAUCAAAGAGGAUGCUGGUGAAGUUGAAAGCAAGUACACGUUUCGUGGAGGUAUCUCUACACUACGCACGCACAUUUGCCAGUAUGCUCACGUAUUCUUUCUCUUAA